AUGAUGUCCUCGGUCUUACCCCCGCCACCCUACGGGGAACAAAUGGCAACUUUCUCCCAGAAAACAGUAAUGGGUACAAUAUUUGAGACAACUGAACGCUAUACAGAAUGGAAGCCUCUUGGCCUUGGAGUAUCGGGGCUUGUUUGCUCCGCAAGAGAUCAGCUUGCCCAUCGGACUGUUGCCGUGAAGAAACUCGCAGAACCUUUCAAAACACCCGCUAUUGCAAGACACAUGUUCCGAGAAAUGAAGUUACUAAGACAGUUGCGACAUGAGAACAUCAUCAACCUGACAGACCUCUUCAUCUCUCCCUCUGAGGAUAUAUACAUCGUGACCGAACUCAUGGCAACCGACCUUAAUACAAUCCUCAAGUCGAAAAGGGUGGAAGAUCAAUUCGCCCAAUACUUCAUGUACCAAAUAAUGCGUGGCCUGAAAUAUCUCCACUCAGCCGGUGUCAUCCACCGAGAUCUAAAGCCCAGCAACAUUCUAGUCAACGAGAACUGCGAUCUGAAAAUAUGCGACUUUGGCCUGGCCCGGAUCCAGGAAUCACAUAUGACAGGCUAUGUCUCGACGAGAUACUACCGUGCCCCGGAGAUCAUGCUUACAUGGCGGAAGUAUACCGAAAAAGUCGAUAUAUGGAGUGCCGGGUGCAUCUUCGCGGAAUUACUUCUGGGAGAGCCUUUGUUCCCUGGAAAGAACCAUAUCAACCAGUUUUGUGUUAUUACCGAUAUACUUGGUAAUCCACCUGAGGAAGUGAUUAACAAUAUCACAAGUGAAAAUACCUUGAACUUUAUCAACUCACUCCCAAAGCGAGAGCGCACGCCAAUAUCACAGCUCAUCCCCAAGGCCAACGCAGAUGCGGUGAUAUUGAUUGACAAACUGCUCGAAUUCGACCCUCAAGUACGGAUAUCUGCAACGGAAGCCCUCCAAUCCCCAUAUCUUGCGCCGUACCACGAUCCCAACGACGAACCAGUCGCAGCAGAAGCAUUCGACUGGGCCUUCCUCGAAGCAGAACUCCCAGCAGAUAUCUGGAAAACUAUUAUGUACAAUGAGGUGCUAGCAUUCCAUGCAGAAGUGAAUCGUACUGGCCAAAGUGGGCCGAUGAAAUCAAUAAACCAGGUAGAUGGAAUGGACAUCGGUUGA